AUGUGAAUUAAGAAAGUGGAUAUGAUUUAUCAUCAUCACUGCAAAUUCUUGUUCUAUUAAGUUCUCUGUUCUUUCCCAAUUAAUCUCUAGCUAGCUCUGUUAUCUGUGCUGCAAGUCAGUCCACUUGAAACAGAGUAAUUCUCCAACAACCAACCAUAUAUAUGGCUUCAAUCACACACUGCACCAAUUUCAUAUGCAAACUCCCCAUCCCUCCUUCAAUUUCAACUCACCCUAAGUUCCUUCCUCUUCAUUCCCUUCGUCCUUCUUUACCCAACUUUCACACUAAAACUAAAAUCCAUUCUCAUCGUCUGCACAAACGUGUUUUUAUCACCAAAGCAACAGCAGCUCCUCCUUCAGGUGCAGAAGCUGCCAAGAAAAAAGAUGAAAGAGUUCAACGAGUCCACAGCAUAGAAGAAUUCGAUGAAGCACUUCAAUCUGCAAAAGACAAACUCGUUGUUGUUGAAUAUGCCACCAGCGACGAUUCAGAGAGCAUCGAGAUAUACCCUUUCUUAGUCGAUCUCAGUCGAACCUGUAACGACGUCAAAUUCCUUCUCGUUAUGGGAGAUGAAUCAGAGAAAACAAGAGAACUCUGCAAAAGAGAGAAAGUAGAUAAAGUACCUCACUUCACUUUCUAUAAAAGCAAAGAAAAGAUUCACGAAGAAGAAGCUAUUGGUCCAGAUACACUUGUUGGAGAUGUGUUAUACUACGGUGAUAACCAUUCUGCUGUUGUGCAACUGCAUAACAGAGAAGAUGUUGAGAAACUUAUUGAGGAUCAUAAGGUUGAUCAUAAACUUAUUGUCCUUGAUGUUGGACUCAAACAUUGUGGGCCGUGUGUUAAGGUUUAUCCGACAGUGAUUAAGUUGUCUAGACAAAUGAGUGAUACAGUUGUGUUUGCGAGGAUGAAUGGAGAUGAGAAUGAUAGCUGUAUGCAGUUUUUGAAGGACAUGGAAGUGAUUCAGGUGCCUACUUUUUUGUUCAUAAGAGAUGGUAAGAUUGAUGGAAGGUAUGUUGGUUCAGGGAAAGGAGAACUCAUUGGUGAAAUCCUUAGGUACCAAGGAGUGCGUGUUACUUAUUAAAUCUUAAUUUCAUUAUUCAAUCAAUAUUUUAAUUGAUUGAUUGAUUGUGUCGUCAUGUGUAUUGAUUAAUCAAAGUUGAUUCAACAUUAGAUAAAUUGUGUUCAGAUCAUAAACAUGUUAAGCCUAGUUGGUGAGAUAUAUAGCUAAUUAGCUAUAUAUAGUUAAGGAUUGUCUCACUCAUUUCUUUUUUCGAAAGAUAUCCUUAAUUGUAUCCUAUCUUUUGUUAAACAUUGCUUAAUUUUCAUUUGCCAAUAUAUUUCGUUGAGAACAA